GUACUUAUUAAUCUACCACGUAGUUUAAGCUGUUUAGGUGUAUCCCAAGCCUCUUUUCCUUUGACGUCAAACACACUCAUACACACACACUCACUCUCUCUCUCUUUCUCUCUCUCUGACAGACAGACGUUGAAGAGAAGAUCAGGAUAUUGAUCGAUGGAAGUGGUGGGAAAGAUUGGUAGAGGUUUAAUGGUGCCAAUGUUGGCAGCCAAUUUUGUAGUCUACAUAAUCGUCAUCGGCCUUGCCGCAUGGUCUCUCGACAAGUACAUCGACGGCCAACAGAAUCAUCCUCACUUAGGAGGGAACACAUCGACAACAUACAUGUUAGAGUUUGGAUUACUUGGAGGUGCAACAGGCAUGUGCUCGGUGGUUAUCGGGUUCAUGCAUCACCGAGCAUGGCGUAGUGCCAGUUUAGCAAGUGCUUCAUCUUCCGCAUUUAUAGCUUGGGCUAUUACUUCCAUUGCUUUCGGUUUUGCUUGGAAGGAGAUCAAAAUUGGAGGACGAAGAGGGAAACGCUUGCAAACACUGGAAUUGUUCAUCACCAUAUCCACAUUCAGUCAGCUGCUAUAUCUCAUGCUUCUGCAUGCUGGAUUAUUUAACCGAAGAUACGGACCUGAUUAUCUUAGCCACAGGGACGACACCAUCAUCCACCGUGCACCCACCCAGUCGCAUCCCAGCACCUCCACUUUGGACUGAUACAAGAUUUCAUAUCAUACGUACUUUAAACCACAAAACUCACUCGUAGUUUGAUGGAAUACCACGUGUAAUUUUGUGUUUUCAAUGUCACUAGAAUAUAAAAUUGUUUAUAAGGAAUUAUA